CGACAAAUCGCUCCUCGGGGAUGGAGCUGGGCUGCUCCGGCCCCGGGGAAGUGACUGCACCCACCUGCCCCCCCCCGCCUUGCUCCCGGCGGAGAGGAGGGUGGGAGGAGCAGCCGCCUCCCCCAGGCAGGGCGGCAGGAGGGAUGCGAAAGGGGAGAGCCGGAGAAACCUGCGGCCGCCGCUGCGCUGGCAGAGCGGGGCCGGGCCGGUGACCCCGACCCGGGCCGGGGAAAGGGAAAGCGCGGCGGGGGUGUCACCCGCGGGGAGCCCGAGCGCGCCCCGCUGCCCCCGGGGGCUGCAGCCCAGCCGGGCGAGGAUGGGCUGAGGGGCGUGGAGGGCCCUGGGGUGCUUCGCUCUGGUGCGCGGCUCCCGGCCCCUCGCCUUUUCUAGGGGCGCCCCCCACCCCCGGUGUCCCCGGCCCUGCGGGGCCCCGGAGCCCGCCCGGGCAGCCCGGCUCCAGGGGCGCCUCCCGCCCGCGGGCUGGGGCCCGAGCGAUGGACGUUUUCCUCUGCCCCGCGUGUCGCUUUGUCCUGCGGGACCCGGUGACCGUCUCCUGCGGCCACUCGUUCUGCAAGCGGUGCCUGGGCGAGCCGCCGCCCUCCCGCUGCCUCGUGUGCCGGGGGCGGCUGAGGCGCCUGGGCUCCGGAGCCGUGCGCUGCAACGUCCUGCUGGGCGGCCUGCUGGAGACGUGCCUGGCCCGGGAGCCCCGGCUGGCCCGGCUGCGAAGCCACGCGCGGGAGCUGCUCCGGAGCCGGGACUACAGGGCCGCGCUGGGGGCAGCCCAGAAGGGGCUCGAGCUGGCUCCUGAUGAUGUUUCGCUGAGGCUGUGCCGGUCGGAGGCGUAUGUGGCCCUGCAGCAGUAUUCAGAGGCGCUGGAGGAUUUGGAGGUGGUGUGCCGGAGUGAGCCGGAGGAGUGUGAGGGCUAUUUCAGGAAAGGGAAGGUGCUGCUGGAAUUGGGAGAGAAGUCCGAAGCCUUGCUGCAGUUCCACCACUGCCUUACGUUGAAUCCCAGCUUCCCUGCUGCUCAGCGCGAGGUGGAAAAGAUCCUCACACAGGAUGACUCCCCACUGCCAGGCACGGUCGUGGAGCUACUGAGUGCUGCCAGCCUGGACUUUAAAAGCUCCAGCUCAGGAAAGGAAGGAACAGGCCCUCUGCUAAGUCUCUCUUCCGGAGGAGAGUACGGGCAGGAUCCAGAGAGAGAGAUGGAGGAUGGGAAGGGGGAAGCUUUGUCUGAACUUAGCCAGUUGGAGCCUCGAAGUCCCCAGGAGCCUGCCUGGUGGCCGAGGAGAAGGAAAGACUCAGGGACUUCGGCAGAGAGGCAAGAGGGGAGAUCAUUAGGUAUUGGGGAGGAAACAGCAGCAGACACAGCAACAGCAAAAUCUAGCCAUCACCACGAGCCAGAGCUUAGGGACCUGCUGAGCGUGUCUGACCUGGAGUGCUCCCUCUGCAUACGGAUGUUCUAUGAGCCAGUGACCACGCCCUGUGGCCACACCUUCUGCAAGGAGUGCCUGGAGCGCUGUCUGGACCACAGACCCAACUGCCCACUCUGCAAACAGAGCCUGAGAGAGUAUUUAAAGGCUGGGAAGUACAACCCCACCGUGCUGCUGGUGGAGAUCAUGGCGGCCACCUUUCCCUCGCAGCUGGCAGACAGGAAGCGGGUGCAUGAGGCUGAGAUGGCAGAGCUCUCAAACCUGACCAAGAACAUCCCCAUCUUCGUGUGCACCAUGUCUUUCCCGGGCAUCCCGUGCCCGCUGCACGUCUUUGAACCUCGCUACCGUCUCAUGAUGCGGAGGUGCCAGGAGACCGGCACGAAGAUGUUUGGCAUGUGUAUGUAUGAGAAUGGGAAGAGUUUCGCGGACUACGGCUGCAUGUUGGAGAUUCAGCACAUAGAGUUCUUGGCCGAUGGGCGAUCCCUGGUGGACACGAUAGGAAGGCGUCGGUUCCGGGUGCUGAGACGGGGACACAGAGAUGGCUACAACACUGCUGAUAUCGAGUACCUGGAGGACGAGAAGGUGGAAGGGGAAGAGCUGGCUGAGCUGCAGCAUCUGCACGAAUGCACAUACCAGCAGGCGCAGAAGUUUUGUGAACACGGGGAUGCUGCCGUGAGGCAGAUUCUGAUGCACCGCGGACCCCUGCCUGAGAAGGAAGAGGACAUCCAGGCCACCAAAGAUGGACCAGCUUGGUGUUGGUGGCUUAUUUCCAUCUUGCCCCUGGACUCAUCUGAGCAGCUCCGGCUCUUUGCCACCACCUCGCUGCAGGCCCGCCUGACUCAGCUGAAGCACAUCCUGACCGGCAUCCUGCAGCGCCACGAUUACGGCCACCAACUGACAGACCUCUGCCCGAGAGGCAGGAUCUAAAAUCCGGGGCGUUGCCGGUGCCUUGGCCAACUCGACAAGCACUUUGGGAGGGCCGGCCAGGGGUGGGAUGGAGAUGUAGCCUGUUUUAUUUCUGUGUUCGGCCUCCAUGUUUUUAUUGUCUUUUCUUCAUCACACUGACCUCAGCAGCCGUCCGCGCGCGAGCCUCUCUGGCAAACAGAGCUGGAAAGGGCAUGCAGCGGCAGCUAGAGUGCUUGAUCCAUUAGUGAUACCACGCCGUCCAUGCAGUCUUGAUAAGCUGCUUAGGGGAUUUUGGAGCAUCUCACUAGGUCUGAGGAAGGCGACAGGUCCGAAGGUAGGGCUAAGCUAAGGACACUGACUUGCCUCUAUGAGCCAAAGCCCCAUGCCAAGCUAUUUUGGUAUCGAGAAACCUCUCUCGAGGACAACCAGAAAUGUGGUGUCGUGUUGUUUUGGGCUCUUCCACAUUCGGGAUCACUCGCGUUUGCUAGCUUGUCCCAGUCUCUGCACGCUAGGUGAGGAAAAGGGACUUUAAAUCAUUGGAAGCGUUGUAACAGGAGGGGGGAGGUUCAGUAGCUUCCCGUGAGUUAGAGUUGGUGCCUUUAAUCAUGAGUUUGAUCUGAUAGUCCAUAAAAAAGAGAAUUAAGUUAAAUAAAUUAAAUUAAAUAAUCUGAUCUUCCCAGGUCAGCUUCUAACAGUUGCUUAUCGCCAAAAAUCCAAAAAGAGACGUUGCUCUUUUAAUAUACCCAGUUCAGUACGUUCCAUCUUUCAGGUUUGCUUCCUUCUGUGCUUCUGUUUGGGUGUCUGAAUUUGCAGAAAGCUUCUGCCCCUUAUUCAGCAUGGCAAUGUUAAGAGAUGUUGCUGCGUUGCUCUCCCAAGGGUCAGCCACCCGUUUCUCAUGGACUCAGAGACUUUAAGGUCAGAUGGGACCAUCGUGAUCAUCUAGACUGACCUGCACAUUGCAGGCCAUAGACCCUCAAUCGCCCACUCCUGUCAUAGACCCAUAACCUCUGAGGCCUGGUCUACACUAAGGGCGGGGGUCGAACUAGGGUACGCAAGUUCAGCUACGCGAAUAGCGUAGCUGAACUCGAAGUACCCUAGUUCGAACUACUCACCCGUCCA